AUGGACCCCGGAACAACAAUCACAACGUGGCAACAAGCAUUUGAGGAAUAUCGCAUUCCCACCACCCGGACGAUCGAGAAGCAAUUGCGGUCCAGUGCGGCACGAGACAAAGAAAAGUUACGGGCUCUCGUUGGUGGAAGUUAUCGAGAACUCCUGGCGACAGCGGAGGCAAUUGUGAUUUUGGACACCAAAACCAAGACUACAGAAGACCGUCUCUCAUCCAUCGCCCAUGAGUGUCGGCCACCCCAGCAAGAUGCUUCUUAUCGACCCCCUCCUCCAGGCAAGGCCACGUUGGCGCAAUUUCGACUCCUGCAACGGUGCUGCACGACAUCGGCCGCUUCUCUACGAACCCGUAAUUUACUCCAAUGUGCUCAGCUCAUCGUCGUGUCUCGUUUGUUGUUGAAGUCUCUAAGUGAUCAAGAGGUGUUAGCCAAAGGCCGUGAAUUUCUGCGAAACAGAAUCAGUACACUCCGCCGACAGUUACUUGGAGAAGUUGAUGCUGAAUUGGUCAAUCCUAUUGUAACAUUAUCGGAUCUUCUGGAUUCGAUAUGUUCUUAUUGCUUGGUCACUAGUGUAUCGUCGGAGGAUGCCCUCGCUCAUCUUUGUCAACUUAGACUCGAAAAGCUCCGGCGUCAAUUAAACGUUGCCCGUCAAGCAUCAAUGAUUUACGAAGCUCUUCAAUAUCAGCUGGCUUCUCUACAAAUGUUCAAGGCUUUGACCGGUCGUCCCAUCACCGAAGCAAUCCACAACCUUCAGAAACGGCCCAUUCUGGUCGAUCCAACAAUCAGAGACCUCGAGCUCCUUGACCUGGACAGGACUUGGCCACUCAUUCCCACCGAGAUCCAGUCGUUUGUUCCGUAUUUUAAACGGAGUGGGCCGACCGCUGACGAAACGAAUGCGAAGUUGGAGGCCUGGUCGCAGGACGCCUGUGGCGCCCUUACUGGCGCCAUGAAGAAUCAUCUCACAGAGCUGAACGAUAUAACCACGAUCCUCGAAUUGAGAAAGGAUCUGUACACAAUUCUGCUCCGUUCAUAUUUCUCAACCCCCGCCGGCGCCGAGAUCCAAAAACAAGUUCGACACGUCCUCAACGAACGAAUCAGUGCCAUCUGCCAUAGCGAAGGAUCGCAAUUGAUGGAAAUCACCAAAUCUAUACUCCAGGGAAUCAGUAUCAACAGACCAAACAAGAAAUCAUUAUGGGAUCCCGACAUAGCCCAAUCUAGUCUGAGCAAUGGUGCUGGCAAUUUCAUCAAGCAGGUGAAAAUCCACCACGCCGGCCUCAGCGGUGCGCUUUCAAAAGCCACCAAGGCGUUGGAUUCCUGGAUAUCAUCGGCCCGCAUGAUUCAAUCCCAGAUAGACCACCUGGCAAAGAUUCGGUGGCGAGAUAUCAUCGAAGAGCCAGAGGAAGAAUACGAAGAGGACGCGUCGGAUUUGAUACAGACGCUUUCGACGAGAGAUCCAGAUUCAUACCAUAAAAGCUUGCAAGAGGCCGUACAAAAGGCCAUAUCGAAUUACGAGACGAGCAUGACACGAGCAGCAUCUGAACUGGUGGAUUCAAACGAGGUGGACGUCGCUCCAAAUUUCCGCGAGGCUGUGACGUUACUGCGCUCCAUACGACUCUCAACAGUGUCAUUGCAACAAGCCUUCCCCCACGGGACAAGCUUCACACAACUCACCGAUAUUGUGCCCCAAUUGCACGAGGUCGUGGCGAGGGAGGUGAGCCGCCGACUUUUCGAGGUAAUGGAGGAGCGCAAGGAAAGAUCAUUGAAUUGGGACAUGACGGCGUUGCCGGAACCCAUGCCUUCCCCUAAGGCCUUUAGCACACUACGCCGAAUGUGCCAGAUCAUGCUCGAAAUCGGCGGGACAGACCUCUGGUCUCCGCCUGCGGUUGACGUCGUGAAGAAGACCGUCACUCGACGGAUUUUCGAUGCCGAGCACCAACGCUGGUAUGUAGAGAAUGAAUUGGACGCGGCGUAUCUCAAGGCCGCUCUUGGAUACGAUACCGAAGAAUCUGCAUCCAAUCCAUCGGAGGCUGGGCGAGCUGGGGUUGAAUACUGGACGAGGACAAAGCUCCUAUUCGGUGUGCUGGCUUGA